AUGAAAUUUGCCUUAAUAUUGGCGCUAGCAAUUUUAAACACAAUUAGUGGCUCAAAAAUCAGCAAUAAAAACAUCUUAUUGCCCUUGGCAGACAUCGAAGUAGAGUAUGAAAUCACUGCUGAAGGUGGCUGCUUCGAUUGGAGUGCUUCCAAUAGUGCUAUUGCAGUCACUGUGCAAGAUUAAUAGGGAUGCUCGAAGUCAAUUGGAAAAGUUAGAGUUGUGACUAAAAUGCCAAGUUAAACAUUUAUCUACGUGAAAUCGAAGUCCUCAGAUGCAUCUCAAUUUAUAGUGGAAGUAGUGGUGCAAGCAAUAAGCAGUUUGAGCAUAAUUACCAAAUAAAAAUAAUUGGAUUUGGAUACUUAAGAAGAGUUGCAUGUUUAAGCAUAUGAUGAUAAGGGAAACACAUUCACGACAUUGGAAGGUCUUAAAUUUGAAUGGAAAACGGGCUCAUUGGAAAUGGUUAAGUUUACUGAAUCAGGAUUAAAAGUAUCAGAGAAACGAGCAAGAUUAGAGUUCAAUAGUGAUAUCAUUGUGGUCAAAGGAAAGAAGGAAGGGAAAGAAACUGUUUUUACUAGAGUGAUAGAGAAGAAAUAUUAUGAAAACAAAAUAGAAACUAAUGUAGAUUUAGUGGUAAUUUAAAAAUUUCAAUUUCACCCUGAUUAUCCAGUGUAUUACUUACCAACACAUUCUGUGAUCUAAUUCCAUUUAUUGAGAGCAGAUGGAAAAACUAAAAUAAGCAUACCAAGUGCAGCUCAUGUUUGGAGCACUACCUCUAAACUAUCAACAAUUGAACAAAAUGGUGUUUUGAAAACAUAGACUGUUGAGAAGAACUUGAAUCUCACAGUAGUUAAUUCCAAUUACAAUUAAAUCAAAGCAAUCUACCAUGUAGUCAUUCCCAAGUACAUUGAUAUUGACAUUUGGGAAGAUGGUAAAGAGAAGAGAGAAGGAAAAGUAACUCAUUUGAUAGUUGGCAAAUUAUAUAGAUUUUAAGCUUAUCUCAAGGAUGAAUUGCAUUAAAGAAUAUAUUCUACAGAUGCUUUCACCUACGAUUCUUAAGACAUAACAUUGAUAGAGCAGACUGUCAUAUCAAAUGUAGAAAGACAAAAUGUUAAAUUAUCAUUCCAAAGAGGAACAUUGGAAUCCUUUGUUACCAUCCAUUUUGUCCAACCUAUCCAAAUCUCAACAAUCUUUAGGACAUACAUCCACCUUCCGAUUCAUGAACAAUAUAACUUAGUGGUGACUGGAGGGUCAGGAAAUUAUAAAUAUUAAUCCAGAUAUCAAUCACCAACCAUUUUUGAAAUCAAAAGUCCCCGCACACUUGUUGCUUCAGACUUGGGAGAGAAUAUCUUGAUAAUCUAUGAUGAAUUUAAUGUCUAUAACAGCUUGGAAGUAACUGUCUACGUGACAGAUGUCACUUAAAUACUUCCAUUUGAGAGGAGAAAAGAGUUGAUAGUGAAUGAAUCUGAUGAUACAUUUUAUUAAGCAAUUGGAGAUCCCAAAGUGGGAAAUUAUACUUAAUGCAGAGCAGUUAAGUUUACAAUUGAUAAUUUUGAUGUUUUCACUACAACACAAAUAGCUGGAGAUCUAUCUAACUAUUUAGUUUGUAAUGGUUUAAAGUUGCAAUCGGCAACACCAGGUUAAUAUAAUCUUUAAAUUAACACUCAAAAGAUAUCUGUAACACAAUAGGUAAGAGUCUAUGAUUACUUGCAUUUCGAAAAACCAGUUUAUUAUGUGACUCCUCAUUCUACUAUAACAACUAAGGUUUUGGGAGGACCAACAACUUGGGAUUAAACACCAUACAACGAGAAGUUGUCAGAAGGCAUCAUCAAAAUAGACAUGGAAAAAUACCAUUUCAAUUGUUUCUAGAGCAAAGCUGAAUUCAAAAUUACUAGAAUCAACAAACAAUCAGAUUUAUUGCCUAAUCCAAAAUUAGUUAGCAAUACUCUACCUGUUAAAUGUUUAUUGCCAGAAGCAUUCAAAAUUUAUAAUGAAAAGAAUCAAGAAGUAAAUUGGUUAUUCAAAGAAGAAACUGUGUAGAUUAGUGUAGUGGCUGUCUAUUAGACUUUCCUAUUCUAUAAUUCCAGCAGUUUGCAUUUAGACUAUUCGACUAGAGGAUUAAAAUAUCAAAAUAGAUAUUUAUCAUAUGAUAUUUAAUCUGGAAUCUCUGAUUGUAAAUUCAUUGUAGCUUCAAAUUCUUACAACAAUCACAAGGACACUUUCAUAACUAUUAAGAGUGAAUUAGACUUAAUCAUUCAUCAUACUUUAAAAUUGAUUCCAAGUGGAGAACAAUAUGUUCUGAUUGAUUAAAGUGUGUUAUUCAGAAUAGAAUCAUCAACCAACAAUAUACAAUGCCAAUACGACAAUAAUAUCAUUGGUUGUGAGAAGGAUUAAGUUACCAUAACACCAAAAAAAUUAGGAUAAUUCUAAUUAGUAGUUUAUGACUUAUCCUUAAAUUACAGUGUGUCAGCAACCCUUAAUGUAAUUGACCCAUCUCAAUUGAACUUGGAAUUAAGUUAAUAGAUCACUGUAGUGGGAAAUUCAAUCAAUGCAACCUCUACAUUCCAUUAUUAUAAGAAAUAAGUGCAUGUGACAACUUGGACUCCUCUUCGUUUGAUUGAUUCCCAUGGAUUCGCCAAUAUAAACUAAGCCAAUAAUUAGUUUUUGAUCACUCCAAAUAAAGAAGGCUUAUUCAAACUACAAACACAAUAUGACUCAAUCAAUUCUAAUCAAGUUGAUUUGAAGGUUAUACCCAAGUUAUAAGCUGAAACAGUUUACAUGCCAACUGAAUGUGAAACUCAUGUGCUAUUCCCCUCUUACUCUUAAUUCACUUAUUCAGCCAUUUCCAAUGAGGACUUGGAAACUUCAGUUAGCUAGAACAUUGUCACUAUCAAAUCUAAAAAGAGAAAUGGAAAUUAUAUUGUCACUGUGUUCUUAAGAUAGUCUAAUAUUCUGAUAGAUUCAGUCGAUAUACCAGUAGUAGUGAAUAAACCCAAUAGGGCCAUUUUACACUACGGCAGAAAAAUUGAAUUAGGUUCAUCAGUCAGAAUAGUGGCUGAUUUCUUGAUACAGGAUCAUCAGAUGAACCUUUGUUUGUGUCCAACACACAAAAUACAUUGGUAUCUAGAUGAGAAAUUGGUUCAGACAGCUCCGAAUUCGUUGGGACUUUCAGUUUCCACAGUUGUGGUUGGAAAAAUUACUAUUAAAAUCAAGGCUUAUGAUUUAGAAGCAUAGACUGUGUUGGAGGUGGAGAGAUUGAAUUCUUACACUAGGAACCUAUUUAUUAAUACCAAGGCCUUGUACCAUGUUCCUCUUCUGGUUCCUACAAAUAGCAGAUUAGCUCUGGGAUAAGAAAUAAAGAGUGUUGGAUAAUUGAAUAUGAACCCACCUAAUAUUAUUGAUAGUGAUAGCAUCACUUUGCAGCCUCAAUUAUUAGUAGCCACAACUCCGAUGCUAAUACAAGUAGAAGAAAUCUAUCAAAUGUAUCCGAUGUCGGAAUUCGUGAAUUUGAAAGUCGAUGAAAAGUUAGAAAUUCAGAUUGCGUACUUGAAUUAGGAGGGAUAUCAAUUUGAAGAUAUUGAAGACAAUAAACUUGAAGUUCUAGGAUACACUAGACAUGUUGUGUAAAUUAAGGUGAAUAAGAAUGGAAUUGAAAUUUAGGGUUUGGAUUAAGGAUUUGCAUUGAUCAAGUUAAGUUGUGGGAAUGACAGAGUUGAUUACAUCCUUGUUAAAGUGGGAGCCACCUUGUUGUAAAAGAAAGCAUAUCUUGGAUCCACAAUCACUUACAAGAUGGAUAAUUCAGAGAAACCCAUUUGGAAUUCAAAUUGUGGUAGUUUCAAGGGCAAUCAGUUAACUAUCGAAAAGGAAUUGAAUGAAUGUUUUGUGGAGGUCAAUGAUCAAGGUAACAAAUUCAAAGCUGGACUCGAGGUCAUCAGACCAUCACAUAUAAUUAUUGAGUCCAGUAAAGUAGAUAAUCAUUUGAACAUCAAAUUAAAUGUCAAUCCAAAAAUACAGCAAUCUGAUUCAGUCAAUCCAAACUUUGAAAUCAAAAUCGAAGUCGAUUAACCUCAAUGGUUUGAAUUAGUAAAGACUGACAAUCUCUAUGAAUAUAAUAUCAAACCCAUAAUUGCUUAAGAUAAUACUCCCAUGCCUAAGAAGGUGAAGGUUAAUGCAUUCAUUUCUAAUCAGUUCAUUUAAUUGGAUGGCAGCAAAGAAAUCACUUAUGAAAGAGAAUUCUAUCUUCCACACAAGGAGAUAUUUAUUUAAAAUAGCCAGCCAAUCUAAACUCUCAGUAUUCCUUACUAUAGAAACAUCGAAAAGACCUAUCAAGAUAACCAUUUGUAAGGAUUGAUCACAACCUAAUUUUCUCAAGGUCGAGUUGAGAUUGUAUUUGAUUUUAGUCAGUGUCACGAACCUACUGAAGGAGACGUUUAUUUUGAAAAUGGACAAAAAAUUAGAGUCAAAUUCGCUUAAGAGUCGAGCUACGAAUUAAUAAUAUUUUUAGCUGCACUAGGUAUGUAUUAUGAUUUAUAAUCUAGUCUUCUUUAUCCUAAUAAUAAUGAAUUAUUUCAGAUGAACCAUGUGAC